UUAAUAGCAGGACGUCGAUUAGAUUAGAAUAUAGGAGAUUAGAGUAAUUAAUAAAUAUCAGAUAUUUCCUCUUGUUUCUCGUAUUUGUCAAAAGAGGUAUUAGGACAACAUGAAGUCGGUGUCUAUAGUGUUGUUAUUUGCGAUACUUGCCUGCGUUCAUGGUGAAUCUGAAGAACUUCCUUUGGCAAAGCCUUGCAAUGCAACAGCAUGCCAACUUCCCGACUGUAGGUGCUCAGAUACAGACAUACCAGGGGGACUUCAACCUAGACAUACGCCUCAGUUUGUCCUCCUAACUUUCGACGAUGCUAUCUCAGAGCUGAACACACAGACUUACCGAUCUAUGCUAUAUGGACGUGUCAAUAAAAAUCAGUGCCCAAUUGGAGUCACUUUCUACAUGCAACAUGAAUACACUGACUAUACUAUGGUUAAUGAGCUUUACAACCAAGGCUACGAAAUCGCGCUACACUCCAUUUCGCAUAGAACGCCUCAAGACUUCUGGAGAAACGCUACAUACGACCAACUGAUGCGUGAAAUCGGAGAUCAAAAACAACAAAUAGCUAUGUUUGCCAAUAUACCGGCUAGCACUAUAACCGGAGUCCGCAGUCCAUUUCUACAAAUGAGUGGCAAUAAUACUUUUAAAAUGAUGAAGAGCGCUGGCUUAACAUACGACUUGUCCUGGCCUACCACCAGAUUCACCAACCCUGGUUUAUGGCCAUAUACCCUAGACUACAGAUCUACACAAGAUUGUGUCGUAAGUCCUUGCCCCACCGCAAGCUUUCCUGGCUCCUGGGUCAUCCCAAUGAUAGCUUGGACAGAUUUAGGAGGGUUCCCAUGCUCUAUGGCCGAUGCCUGUUUCUUCCAGCCAGAUACUGAAGAGGGAUGGUACCAGUUCAUAAUUCAGAACUUUGAGAGACACUACCUCGGAAAUCGGGCGCCAUUCGGGUUUUACAUUCAUGAGGCAUUCAUUAGACCCAGACCACACGUCUGGAGAGCCAUGGAGCGGUUCCUCGACACAAUCAACAACAUUAACGAUAUAUUCAUGGUGAACGCGAAAGAAGUAAUCGAUUGGGUUCGGGAUCCCGUUCCAAUCAAUGAAUAUGCGAAGAAGGAGUGCAGGCGCACAGUGCCAUCAGCUUGUACCGGUCGAUCUUGUCCGCCGCUCUUCAAUCCGGCUAAUGAGAAAACUUACUACAUGCGAGUCUGCGAGAGCUGUCCAAGAAAUCAUCCGUGGGUGGACAAUCCACUCGGACUUUAAGUUAAUACAAAAGACAAUGAAAUACAAUUGUAAUACCUAGCUUUAUUAAAAUACAUAUUAUUAAUUACUUAUAUCAAUUCUCAAAUACUGAAAGUAGUUUAGCAAAACAGCUGGUGGAAAAGCAAAAUUUCUUUCCUCACAAGAACUUGGGGCGUUGAAGUCUUGUGCUAAAAACGUUACGAUACAUUUCACCGCGAUUAUAAUUAGUCUCAUCUGGUGACAGAAGAGCUGACUCAGUUUUUGCGCAAAGGAUCAGCCUGGCUGUCCAGCGCGGAAAUGCAGCCAGUUCGCCAUCCUACGCGGGCGUGAUUUGUGCAGUUAUUAGAUAAGGCUAGCUUUAAGUUUGACUGUAACAGUUAAAAAAGAGGGUCUGAAAAUGAAGUGUGUACCAACCUAUGUAGAAUUGUGGAUAUCUAAGUACAUACCCACAAGCUCUACAAUAUCAUUAUCACAUUAAGUAAUCCGUUUUCAUUAAAAAACAUGGAAAAGAACUUUUUAAAGAUUUUAUAAACCGAUAAUUAAAAUAAAUCUUAUUAUGUUACGAAGUCGUUAUCGAUUCG